AUGCAUGAGCAGCAUAUAGGAGAUCCCAACAGAGACACGGCUGAGCGUGCUAGCAACGCAGCAGAGCGUGCUAGCAACGCAGCAGAGCGUGCUAGCAACGCAGCAGAGCGUGCUAGCAACGCAGCAGAGCGUGCUAGCAACGCAGCAGAGCGUGCUAGCAACGCAGCAGAGCGUGCUAGCAACGCAGCAGAGCGUGCUAGCAACGCAGCAGAGCGUGCUAGCAACGCAGCAGAGCGUGCUAGCAACGCAGCAGAGCGUGCUAGCAACGCAGCAGAGCGUGCUAGCAACGCAGCAGAGCGUGCUAGCAACGCAGCAGAGCGUGCUAGCAACGCAGCAGAGCGUGCUAGCAACGCAGCAGAGCGUGCUAGCAACGCAGCAGAGCGUGCUAGCAACGCAGCAGAGCGUGCUAGCAACGCAGCAGAGCGUGCUAGCAACGCAGCAGAGCGUGCUAGCAACGCAGCAGAGCGUGCUAGCAACGCAGCAGAGCGUGCUAGCAACGCAGCAGAGCGUGCUAGCAACGCAGAACAUGAGAUAGAGGGGGCAAAGGGCAGAACACAGGAGGUCCUGCCCCUCCCCUCUCGGUCCCCUCGUCCACCUCGCCAUCCUCCUCAUCUCUCGCCAUCCUCCUCAUCUCUCGCCAUCCUCCUCAUCUCUCGCCAUCCUCCUCAUCUCUCGCCAUCCUCCUCAUCUCUCGCCAUCCUCCUCAUCUCUCGCCAUCCUCCUCAUCUCUCGCCAUCCUCCUCAUCUCUCGCCAUCCUCCUCAUCUCUCGCCAUCCUCCUCAUCUCUCGCCAUCCUCCUCAUCUCUCGCCAUCCUCCUCAUCUCUCGCCAUCCUCCUCAUCUCUCGCCAUCCUCCUCAUCUCUCGCCAUCCUCCUCAUCUCUCGCCAUCCUCCUCAUCUCUCGCCAUCCUCCUCAUCUCUCGCCAUCCUCCUCAUCUCUCGCCAUCCUCCUCAUCUCUCGCCAUCCUCCUCAUCUCUCGCCAUCCUCCUCAUCUCUCGCCAUCCUCCUCAUCUCUCGCCAUCCUCCUCACCUCUCGCCAUCCUCCUCAUCUCUCGCCAUCCUCCUCAUCUCUCGCCAUCCUCCUCAUCUCUCGCCAUCCUCCUCAUCUCUCGCCAUCCUCCUCAUCUCUCGCCAUCCUCCUCAUCUCUCGCCAUCCUCCUCAUCUCUCGCCAUCCUCCUCAUCUCUCGCCAUCCUCCUCAUCUCUCGCCAUCCUCCUCAUCUCUCGCCAUCCUCCUCAUCUCUCGCCAUCCUCCUCAUCUCUCGCCAUCCUCCUCAUCUCUCGCCAUCCUCCUCAUCUCUCGCCAUCCUCCUCAUCUCUCGCCAUCCUCCUCAUCUCUCGCCAUCCUCCUCAUCUCUCGCCAUCCUCCUCAUCUCUCGCCAUCCUCCUCAUCUCUCGCUAG